AUGGGUUGUGUUGACCUGAUAGAGCCUGUGGUUGGGAUAAAUGCCUUCUCUAUGUUUAUGACCUACCCUCUGCUGCAGCAGUAUGUUCACAGGAGACUGUGGAUGCAGCUCAGCGGCAGCCCUUUCCCCACAGACUGGAAUAACAUCCACUGUGCAGACAACCUAACCCUCAUACAUGCGGAGGUCCAGAAGGAGGCAUCUCUCUUCUUUCUGUACACUGAGCUGUGCUUCCUCUUCCCCAGCCUGCUCUCCUCCCCUCUCUUGGUCUCAUACAGUGACGUCUGGGGCAGAAAGGCCGCCAUAGUGCCCCCUCUGGUUGGAAACUUGCUUUUCACCUUGUGCUACUUUGUUGUCAGUGGCUUCUCUCUCAGCCUGAGCUACCUGCUCGGAGCUGCUUUUAUCACUGGGAUCCUGGGCGGCUCCGCAGCACUGACUGGAGGUUGCUUUGCCUAUGUUGCUGACCGAUGUGAACAAGGCAGUGGGGAUGGGGGUGUGGCAAGGGGUAUUUCACAGGAUAGAAUGAGGAGAGGCGAUAAUUAUGAAGAGAGUGACAGUGGCUAUGAGGAGAGGCAAGUUGGAGAGGAUGGAAGUCAUGACAGGGUGCGUGACAGGUGUGAGGAGAGAGGAGAGACCGGUACAGAUGAAAGUCAAGAUACUGGUACCUAUGUUUACACGAGGGCUAAGACAGUGCGUAUGGCCAGCCUGGACAUGAUCCUGGGACUGCUGUCUGGCCUGGCGUCUCUCUCGACUGGUUUCUUCAUCCACGCUGCAGGGUUUACCUGGCCCGGCCUCACCGCCGCCCUGCUACACCUCCUCAACUUGGGCUACGUGCUCUUUGUGCUGCGUGAGUCCCUGAAUCCUCCCUCUACGACACUCUCAUCAUCAUCAGGCUUUUCACCAAAGGUUUUAAUCUCCAGAUGUCCAAAAGGAAAGGUGCUGAUCAGUCGACUGCAGGGAGUUUAUCUGAUUUUUGCAUCUGGGACACGUAGAAAAAAAGCUGCUGUGGGCUUGAUGAUGGCAGCCUUUGCUCUGUAUAAGAUCUCUCAACUGGGUGGUAUGUCCGUCUUCAUCCUGUAUGAGCUGAAUAAACCUCUCUGUUGGAACGAGGUGUUAAUUGGCUGCAGUUCAGCUCUGACUACAGUCAUCCAUGUGGGCAGCUUUGCAGGCGUCUCCGUCCUCUCCCACUGUCUCAGAGACACACACAUCAUCCUGCUGGGUCUGCUGUCUGUCAGCACAGGCCUGCUGAUAGCUGCGUUUGCAAAGACCACACUGGUCAUGUUCCUCGUGAGGUUACCUUUGAUCCUGUCUGCCAUGCCGUCUGCUGUGCUUAGGUCCAUGAUGUCAAAAGCAGCACUGAGCUCAGAACAAGGUGCGCUGUUUGCAGGUAUUGCAUUUGUGGAGAUGCUGAGUAUGGGUGUGGCCCUGAUGGUGUUCAACAGCAUUUAUGCCACCACCGUCUCCUGGUUCUCUGGGUUCAGCUUCCUGUUAGCUUUGUGCCUUUCUAUCAUUGCUGCUGCUCUGAUUGGAGUUCUUAUGUAUUUCAGUCUGGAUGAGGAGGAGGAGGAUAUGAGCAGGCUCACAGCCGAGGAGGAUGAUAUAGACACAGACUGCAGCAGAGGGUCACUAAACCUGACCCAGUGGGAGUGUGACUAG